AUGUCCUACAACGACAACGACAACAGUUCCUCUCGUAAUGAGGGAGGGUAUGGAUCCGGCCGCAACGAAAACACUAGCAGCUAUGGCAGCAAUGAUCGAUCAGACAACACCUAUGGAUCAAAUGACUCCUAUGGGUCUUCAAACCGUCGAGAUAACGACACCUCGUACGGCUCUAGUCGUGACAACGACAACUCUUACGGCUCUAGCCGGAACAACGAUAGCUACGGCUCAAGCAACAACUCCUACGGGUCUACCAAGAACAACAACAACAGUUAUGGGUCGAACGAGGAUAACUCGUACGGAUCUGGUAACAACACCAGCUCCUACGGAUCAUCCCGUGACAACGAUACCUACGGCUCUUCUACUAACCGUCGCAAUAACAACGACGAUGACAACAACGACACUUACGGGUCUCGCAACACUGGCUCUAGUAACAGCUACGGUUCUACGGAUGAUGACAACCAGAACUCGUAUGGUAACUCCUCUUACGGAAACCGUAACAACAACAACAACAAUUCCCGGAGCUACGGAGAUGAUGAUGAUGACACUUCGGGCCGUAAGGGAGAUAGCGCUGCUGGGAAGUUGCUGGAGAAAGCUGGUUCGGUCUUCGGUAGUGACCGUCUCGAGGAGAAGGGCCGUGAGAAGCGUGAGGGAGCUAGGUAUGGCCGCGACAACAAUGACUAUUAA